ACGUCUCAUUUUCUUCAGUUGUACUGCUGCUGAUGCCUUACGUUAUAAGGCAUGUGGCCUUAACUAACUUCAUUCUGGAAACGAAUCCAUUGCUUUUCUUCAAAUAUCCACUGAUUCUAAUCCAUCUUGUACCAGCUAAUCCAACUUAUCUGAUUCGCUAAUAACAACGCUCAUUAGUUCAUUGAAGCUCCACCGAUCCAAAUUUAGGGCUUUAUUUUAUUGGAGGAUUUUUUUUUUAUCAAUGGCUUCGUGGCUUAAAGCCGCAGAAGAUUUAUUUGAAGUUGUAGAUCGAAGGGCAAAGUUGGUUGUCAGUGAAUUGGCAGAUGAGCAUUCUGAUUCUCAGUCACCAGAAGCUUCUAAUGGGCAAGGAUCUCAACCCAAGAGGGUGAAGUCUAAGACCAAGGCUCAAAAGAAGCUAUCCACAAGUGAAUCCUAUCAAGCAAGUACCACUAAAGGGGAGUUGACUAGUACAGAAACUUCAAAAUUAGAUGUAUUAUCUGAUAAAGAUAGGGCUACUCUUUUUGUUGAAAAUGUUGUUACCCCCUCUAGCAAGUUGAUGCCCCAAACAAUCACUGAACAGCAGCAGAAUACUGACAAAGAUAUCUCUAGCAGUACAUCAUCAGAGAGAGUAGCAAAUGAAGUUGUCAAAGAUGAUGCUAAUCGUUUAGAAGUUGCUGUAACUGCUGCUGAUGCAGAUGCUGCAACAUCAAGUUCAAAUGGUGAGCUUCUCAAUGAGAAGGCUUCUGAUGAUCCUGUAGAACAUCCUCUUUCCCCAUUAGCUGCCAAAGAAAUAGAGGUUCUUAAUGAAGACCAUCAAGACCAUCCAAUUGGUUCUGACAUCAAGCGAAGGGAUGCUGAUGUUCCUUCAAAUAUUGACCAAGAGAGAUCUCUGUCAGCAAUUACUGAUCCUACUGUCAAUGGCGAAACUUCAGUAAAAAAUGCUGAUCUUAGGGCUGAACCUCUGGUUGAUCAACAGAACCAGCAUCAGUUGCAGCAGCAGCGUAAAGCUGAUACUUCACCCAUGAAAAUACAGGACCAACUUGAUGAGGCUCAAGGACUGCUUAAGACUGCAAUUUCCACUGGCCAGUCAAAAGAGGCAAGGUUGGCACGGGUUUGUGCUGGACUUUCAACCCGCCUUCAAGAAUGCAAAUCUGAAAAUGCUCAGCUGGAGGAACUUCUCAUUGCAGAGAGAGAGCUGAGCAAAUCAUAUGAGGCUCAUAUAAAGCAGCUACAACAAGAUUUGUCUAUAUCUAAAAGUGAAUUGAAAAGAGUAGAGUCAAAUAUGGCUGACGCUUUGGCUGCAAAAAAUUCAGAAAUUGAGGCCCUUGUCAAUUCUAUGGAUGCACUCAAGAAACAGGCUGCUUUGUCUGAAGGAAAUCUGGCUUCGCUGCAGGCAAACAUGGAGUCUAUUAUGAGAAACAGAGAACUAACAGAGACAAGGAUGAUGCAGGCACUUAGGGAGGAGCUGGCCUCUGCAGAGCGAAGAGCUGAAGAAGAACGUGCAGCACAUAAUGCUACCAAAAUGGCAGCUAUGGAAAGGGAAGUGGAAUUGGAACAUAGAGCUGUUGAGGCAUCCACAGCCCUUGCUAGAGUCCAGAGAAUUGCUGAUGAGAGAACAACAAAGGCUGUAGAACUUGAGCAGAAAGUGGCACUGCUUGAGUUUGAGUGUGCAUCAUUAAAUCAAGAGUUGCAAGAUCUGGAAGCUCGCACUCGUCGUGAACAAAAGAAGUCCUCAGAAGAGGCAAAUCAAGUGAUUCAGAUCCAGGCUUGGCAGGAAGAAGUGGAGCGUGCACGUCAAGGUCAGAGGGAUGCUGAGAGCAAGCUUUCUUCUAUGGAGGCUGAAGUGCAAAAGAUGAGGGUUGAAUUGGCUGCCAUGAAGAGGGAUGCUGAGCACUAUUCACGGCAGGAGCACAUGGAGCUGGAGAAGCGCUACCGUGAAUUAACUGAUUUGUUGUACUACAAGCAAACACAGUUAGAAGCCAUGGCUAGUGAAAAAGCUGCAGCAGAGUUUCAGUUGGAGAAGGAGGUAAAGCGUCUUCAAGAAGCAGAGGUUGAGGCAGAAAGGACUAGAGUCUAUCGCCGUGCAUCCUCAUCUUGGGAAGAAGACUCCGAAAUGAAGGCACUUGAGCCUCUUCCCUUGCAUCACCGUCAUAUGGCAGCAGCAACCAUGCAGUUGCAGAGGGCAGCAAAGCUAUUGGAUUCAGGGGCUGCCAGAGCCACAAGAUUUUUAUGGCGGUACCCAACGGCUCGGCUUAUCCUUCUUUUCUAUUUGGUGUUUGUACACCUCUUCUUGAUGUAUUUAUUGCAUCGGCUUCAGGUAUGGAUAUUUGGACAUGGUUCACUAUUGAUUUUAUGUUCUCAAUGUGACAAUCUGCCUCGAGUAGAAAAUUGUGUUGCUUUAUUUAAAUGGGAGUUUCUUUUUUUUCCAAACUGUGAAUUGAGUACACUUGGUAUUGCAUUGAUUUUUUUUUUAAUUGUUGAAAUUUUAUUUUUCAAUGUGAAGGAACAAGCGGAUAAUAUUUCUGCUAGAGAAGUUGCAGAGUCCAUGGGUCUUGCCAACCCAACUUUACCAUGAUUGAGGAAGUUGCUCCUAAUCAAAAAGCAAAUGCCACAUUUUUGCCUGCAAAGGUUUCUUUAUCAUUCUUAAAGCAAACUAUAGCUUGUGAAUAUCCAGGAAAAAACAUAAUCAAAAGGAAAGUGAAAACCGUCUUCAAUGUUUGCUUUUUAUACAAAUCGUUUGAGGAAACAGUGGAAAAAGUAGCAUAUUACUUGAUGUCAAGACAAAUUCAAAUGUGCAUGCAAAUAUUCUGUCAUUUCCAUAGUCAGUUUGGUGUGGCUCAGGGACAUUAAAAUGAUGUUACAGUGAGAGCUACCAUGCUGUAUAUCCAGACGUUUCUUCAUGAAAUGGAAUAUUCUUUUAUUUGUAAUGGGCGACUUCCAUCACUGAGAUUGAGCAACAAGUUAUGAAUCGUGAGAAGUUUGUA